AUGGGCAAAGUAGAGAAAACAAGAUUGCAAGAGACCAUUAGUGGCCUCGUCUUCUACAGUCGGUACGUGGAUGAUAUCUUCUGUCUGGCGGAUGGUACCACUGAUACCGAGGAGCUUGUCCAAAAGUUCAACAGUGCGCACCCCUCGCUAAAGUUCACCGCAGAGGCCGAGGCAGAUAACGAACUUGCCUUUCUCGAUGUCCUUCUGUGCAGGCAAGAGGAUGGGUCUAUCCAGCGCAGGGUGUUCCGAAAGAAAACCUAGACGGGACAAUACGUUAAUUUCCGUAGUUUUGUUCCCCUAAACAUCAAACGAAAUUUACUCCAGGGAUUGGCGGCUAGAGUGAGACGCAUCUGCUCACCUGAAGCUAUUGAAGAAGAACUCCAACAGCUGCGGAACACACUUCGGGAGAACGGAUACCCAGAUCGAUUUAUCCUCCGAAAUAUUGGGGACGCGCCAAAAAGCCCACUGUUGCGACUGCGGAAAAGAAAGAUGUAUUCACAAAAUUGCCUUUUGCAGGAGACGCAGAGAGCGAACUAGUCAGACGACGCUUAACUACAGCUAUCACGAGGGCAUUCCCGCGGCGAAUUUACGCGUAUGCUUCACAAACUCUCUCCUCCUACGUUUGGGGGGUAAAGACAGACUACCGUUGGAGGCCACAUGAAUGUGCAUUUACUCAUUCACUUGCUCCUGUGGAGCAGGAUACAUCGGCCGCACAACGAGACGCCUGGAAAAGAGGGUGUGUGAACAUAUGCCCGCCUAGCUAGACAGAGGUGAGACCCGGUCGAUUUCGAGUUCUAUUCUCGCACAUUUAGUCGAUACGAAUCACCAAGUCGAUGCCAAGGAAGCAUUUCAGAUUGUCUACCGGACACCAACAUGCUUCUCUAAAGGCCCACGCCAACGGAUACUACCAACGGCCGAGGCAGUAGCUAUACGGCCAGCGAAUCCGGUGUUACGCUGCCAGAAACUCCUGACACACGCGCUCUCUCUGCCGUGGCCAACGCCAAUCCCAAGUGAUGACGACAUGCCGUCUUAAAUCCCUAAUUACAGUGAUGAGUACUCCGUGUACUCAAUCCAAGAACAUCACUCAAAGGCUCCCUUACCCCCUCCCCUAGCUCUGAGGACCAACACCCACCGACCUUGUCAUGCAGGCGGCGUGGGGAUGAUGAGUGUUAAUGACUUACUAGCCCUUGAGUCAUCUAUAAACACUGUUGGUUUUGUACAUUUUCAUUCCUUCAUGUAAUUGUAUUGGCCUGACGAAGAAUUACCGAAAACACGUGUUUGCCAACUUGACUUUUCAAAUCAAAGAUUAGACUGGCUUGUCAGCACCCAGCCCUAGUGCUGUCUGUUACUCAGAGUCAAUAAGGCGUCAGUACCGGCAUGCCUGGCAUAAGCUGAGUUCUUAAUUAGUGUCUUAUGUGAGAGCGAUUCACGAAGUCGGAACCUUCGAGGACACUUCAGACACUUUGUCGAACGCUGUUGCCUUAUCACCGGCGUCUGGAUGCGUUGAAGAGAGGAGUUGGCGAGAGAGAGAGAGAGAGAGAGAGGCAGAUUUUCUCGUGUUUUAAUAUGCAGCAGUUAAGGCGUUGGGCUUCUGACCAACAGGUCGCCAGAUCGGGACUCAGGGGUAUCAGAACCUGGGGCUGGUUAUGGCUGGCUGGUGAUGAUGAUGACUAAUAAGCCAGUAGAAAUGGCAAUUUCAGUCUCUCUAGUUUUUGUCGGUAAUGUUAUUCUGUCUAGAUUACUAGCUGUUGCGCGACUGCUGGCCGGGCUCGAGAUUGAGUAUUAGGGCACAAAGCGAGACGUGUGUGUGUGUCCAAUAUCGCGAUCGGUGAGCGCCCCCCUAUAUCACUAAAUAUUAUUUCGUUUUCUUUUAAAAAACCAGGAUAUUAUGAGAAGGCAAAAGGAGGUGGGAAUAAGAAUGUACUAAACAAAAACGCCAGGUCUACGGUUGAGAAGCAGAAGGCAGGAGUAAACGUCGAAUCUAAUGUGGUAUUGUUCUACGCCUGUUUAAAAUUGCUUCAGCGUGAAUAUGAGAGGAAAUAUGACGGUGGGUAUCAGCUGGCUAUCGGCUAACAGUGCUUAAUUUGUAGAAAUUCCAAGUGAAGAGGAGUAGAGAAAUGACAGGAUCUAAGUCCACCCGUAUUAUGGGUGGUAUGGAGAACUAGUUUUGGGGGGUAGUUGUAAGUCGCUCGGACCAUCACAUGGAUGGCGUAACUACCGAGUCUCGUAACUCCUAGAAGGAUAAAUCAAAUUGCGAUAAUGAAGGACCUCUCGUGUCAGAUCUCAACUAGUAGCUACGAGUUCCCAUUUGACUCAAGACCGCCUUCCUUGCUGUCGAAUGCCGUCAACAUUUGGUUAGCCGUCACCGAUGUCACAGGUGGUAUCAUUAUUAUUAUUACUGUUGCUGCUACUACUGGCGUAGCUACUACUACUACUACUACUACUACUACUACUACUACUACUACUACUACUACUACUACUACUACUACUACUACUACUACUGAUGUUGUUGUUGUUGCUGCCGCUACCAGUACUACUAGCGAUGCUAACACGACUAGUUUUAAAGUAAAACCGACCGCACACUAUUAUAAGAAUAUAAUAAAUACAGCUAUUAACUCAAUUUCCAGCGUUGGACGCGGCACCUGCGAGUAUUUGUUGAUACUCCAGUUGCAUUUACCUGAAGCUUAAAGUCAAGGAAGGCAGUCGUGCGCGUGAGCCAAAUUUAACAGCCAGAGUUUUGUUCUUAUGUGUAAGUCGAUCAGAUGCUAGUACGGGAUACCCUGUUUUCUUUUCCCCCACGGAACUUCUAGCCUGAGUGUGGGUCACGUUAAUCGCAGUGCUGAUGGGAGCAGUAGGUACUGCUUCACACAACUGUCACCGAUUUUUAUUCUCCCUUACUUCCCCCCUCCUCCCCCCUCCGCCCGAUGCCUGUCGUGGACUGGACAUCUCUGUCCAACCCAAGUUGAACUCAAUUAAAGAGGACAAGCUAGGACAGGGGGCUUCCGACAGAUGACAUACAAGGGGCCGACUGCUAGCGGCCGUCAAGGUCGGGAGAGAAAGCGGACAGUUGUGAAACCUGCAGCCUCACAAGGUCAUCCUAACGACACACGCAUCUAGGUCUACGAGAUUUGCCCUGCGCGUAGGGCAGCGAAGAUUCCUAUGUUAGAAAGCAAUUCAUGCAAAGAAGAAGGUUUAAUCUUGACUAUGUCUUGACAUCGGAGUCUGCUGGGUGAGGGAGGUGGGAGAGUGCGGUAGGUGCUUCGUAAGUCCUCCCCACUAUAAACUAAUUCGUACGCAGGUAAUCGGUACUGAGCCCGCUCCGUGGGGUACACAGUGGCCAUCUUUACUCGCGACGUUCGAACCGAUAUCACGUAGACCGAAUUCAUCCAGUCCAGUCAUUGGCAGGUCUGGCGUCUUGCAUGACCGUCUUCGCGGAGGCGCCGAAAAUUUGACCGAAUUUUGGUUCUCAUUUGACAGACUCGGACAUGAUUUCAGAGUGUCCGAAAAUGGUCAUAUCUGUUCUGCUGACCCAACCAUUCAUCUCUUCCUUCGAACUCCUGCUCAUCUUCGUCACUGUCAAUUCGUGCAGUUAAUAGGAAGGUCCCGCAGUAUUUCAGACCUUUGUCUUAGUCAUCCUCUUCAAUAAAAAUGUGAGUAGUCUGCGCUGUUAAUGUGGUAAUUUCGGGAUCCGCCCCCUAAAACGAGACACGCGGUAGAUACGCCGGACCAACACGAAGGCCACAUUGGUGUCUGGUGGGUGUUCUGAGGAAUACGAACCCAUAACAAAAACCAACAUCUCGGGGUGCGGUUGCAGACCCAGUUACGGGCGCACGUCGUGCUUACUGGGAUCCGUGCCGCCUCUAUUUUUUGUUGCAACACAAAAUCCUGGACCAGGGGUUGUGGUGGUGAGCGUUUCACUGUGCCGACCACCUGUGGCUUCUUCCACCUCCGGUCUUGACACCGGACCCAGGCGCAAGUCACCGUCCCUGCUUUCAUCCCACUGUGGAGCACGCGGUGGAUAUCGUCGAAAUCGAUGGUCGAACCGACGAGAGAUUCUCCCAGGCGACCGAUGUGUCGACAGAUUAUUUUCAGUCAAAUGAGUUUGUUAGGCCAGAAGAAAUUCGGCCGCAUUAGUGUGCUUCCUGUUGGGCGGUCGGGGGGUUGGGCGGGCGAGAGGACGGUAUUUUUUUUCUCAUAUUUUGAGCAGUCUAGACAUACUGUCAAAACCAACCUUCGUUAUCUGUUUGAACCGCUGACUAAUGAGUUGCUGUUGUCAUGGCAAGCAAGCCGUUGUAAAGGCCACGGUGGGCGUCAUGACGAUGACAGCUUCAUCGUCUGAUGAGAUACUCAAUAGGAAGCGAUGGCUUUAUAAAUAUGCUCCUGUGCAAAGGGGACCAUUCAUCGUAUUCUGACACUACUACUACUACUACUACUACUACUACUACUACUACUACUACUACUACUACUACUACUACUACUACUACUACUACUACUACUACUACUACUACUACUACUACUACUACUACUACUACUACUACUACUACUACUACUACUACUACUACUACUACUACUAUGGAAGGGUGCAAAUUCUCAGUAACUGACCGACUUUGGGUGGUUCUUAUUUCCAGCUGCGCACACCAGUCACAGUGAAAAGAAUUCGUCGCGAAACUGUCAGACACGGGAAUAUGGACUUCCCCCGCACUACAGGCGGCUUUGUGGUAAAUUCCAGGGCGCAACCAUACCCGUGUUCUAUGUCUGAUCCCAACUCCAACAAUAGCCAUCACAACUUUCACCCCAAAUCUCCUAACCUAAAUCCUAACACAAAACCUGAUUUCCCCUACAUUUUUGCGCAAGGCCUCUUGCGUGCGGAAUAUCUAUUCAUUUAGACAGUUUCUUACUGUGCCCCUUGAAGCGCACCUUGCGGUUUCGCCGUUUAUCUAGGUUCUUCCAGAAUCGCUGCACACGUAUAAUUGUGCGCAUAGAUAAUAAGAUACGGGAAUUUGUCUGGAACGCGUAGGAUAAGUUCAGCCCACCAAAACCGAACCCGGAGAUAGCUGACUCAACUUCCUAGAAAUCAAACAGCCAAAGAUUAAAAGAACUUAAAUUUUCUAAAUUCUCACAAUCUCUCCUCCGAUGUGCUCACACGCGGUAUAUAUGUUGGACCAACACGGGGGCCGUAUCGCUGUCCGGCAGGCGUUAUGAGGAAUGCAUUUAUUAUUGUUGCUCCUAAAGUAUACAGUGCGUGACCUAUCUCAGGAAAUGUUGGCUGAAAUUCUGAAAUGCGUUUUCGUUUAGGAAGGAUUACUUGGUCGCGGUUGUGACACUGAUUAUCUUAAGGCAUACUCUUAUAACAUUUUGGACUCGGCAGGAUGUCGGCUUUUAAAUGCACUUCUGUUCAAUCUCCUUUAGAUAGCGUGCUCGGUAACAAAUGACUACUUAAGUAGCAUGCAUUUUUCCCAUUGAUUUUCGAUGGUCUUGGAAAUUCAAAUAUAUUUUAUAGAAACCACAAACACAAAUAUGCUUUCUUUUAGUCAAUCAAUAGAGAAUCACCUCUUCUUUAUAUUUUAUACUUAAGAAAGGAGUAUAAUUAGGUUUUAAAAAAGUUUCUAAUUGUGAGACUUUUUAAGUCCGCGAAAUGUCCAUUCACAUAGCAUCGUACCUGUCCGUUUACCACUGCUCCUCAUGAAAUGUACAACAUGGUCCGCAUCCAUUGCAAAAUUUUAUGGACCCUGUAUGAUAUCUCUUUAAUGACAUAGAAAAAUAUGGGAUUUUAUUUACGCGGAACGCAUGCACCUUGUAGAGUGUAAUCACUAAGCGCUAAUGUAACGAAUGAUCAGGCUGCAAAUUUUUCGGCAAUUAGAAAACUUUUUUAAAACCUAAUUAUACGCCUUCUUUAUGUAUAAACUAUAAAGAAGACGUGAUUCUCUAUUGAUUGACUAAAAGAAAGCAUAUUUGUGUUUGUGGUUUCUAUAAAAUAUAUUUGAAUUUCCAAGACCAUCGAAAAUCAAUGGGAAAAAUGCAUGCUACUUAAGUAGUCAUUUGUUACCGAGCACGCUAUCUAAAGGAGAUUGAACAGAAGUGCAUUUAAAAGCCGACAUCCUGCCGAGUCCAAAAUGUUAUAAGAGUAUGCCUUAAGAUAAUCAGUGUCACAACCGCGACCAAGUAAUCCUUCCUAAACGAAAACGCAUUUCAGAAUUUCAGCCAACAUUUCAUGAGAUAGGUCACGCACUGUACAGUGUGAUUAAAAUCCACCGCAAACCGUUAUACACCACUACUCCAAAUUCAAACCCCAGCCUAGGCUUGACAACCCUGGUUCCAAGAAGAACUCUACUAACGCCGGUUAUAACCGCUGCCAAAACCCUAACCUUCAGCCCAAAAAGGGCAAAAUGGGAGCCAGGACCCGUAUUACAGGUGGCGGGGGGGGGGGGGUUGCUUACUGGGGCUAUUUUGUGGGGCUCCAUAAUCACAUCUGACCCAUUUGGCUUCCGUUUUACGUUUGAGGUUAGGACUAGGGUACCGGUUAAUGGUUUCCGAUUUUCGGGUUAAGGUUAUGCCUUUAGGUUUAGGUUUUCAGAUUACGGUUAGGGUUUGAGCGUACGAUUAGGUUUCAGUAUUACGGUUGGGUUUUUCUUAGUUACGGCUAUGUCUAAGGGCUACGGUUACGUUUACGAUUUCGAUUAGGGCUGCCGUUAGGGUUAACGGUUAACGUUUACGGUUGAGGUUAGGGCUAAGGUUAGGACUAGAGUUAAGAUCGCCGUCCGCUUUCCCAUUCCUGGCUGCCAACUGCGAACUAGCCACGGGUAAAUCUAAUGUCCAUAACGCUGCUGGAGGUCGGGAUCCUCUUCCCGCAUAACCUUUUUCGCAACCCAGUGCCAUGUAUACCGGCAAUAAUCACAUCUAAAUGAGUGGGAUGAGAAGGUAUGUAUUUGCCCAACCACCCAGGGCGGUUACAUACCCUACCCUUACCGACAUUUCUCCGGCGUUGCUCUCUGUGUUGUCGGGUCGCAAGUCGCUGCGGCAUGCCCUUAACCAUUGCCGGCCCGUCAACAAGGUCAGAACGGCCAGUGACACACAAGUAGAAGGGACAACUGUCCGCCUUGAGGUGGGUACUAAGCAAGCACCUGUAGUCUUCGAGACAGAUUAUUUUGCCGCUCGGCACGCCCUGGAGGCAGUGGGCAGCUGUUGUUACCGGGAGAAGGAUAAAGAACUGAUGCUCCAAUCACCAUAAUCAUCGUCGUUAUCACCAUCCUUCUCCACGUCGUCUAAUCACCGUAGUUGUCCCCCCCCCUCCACCCCUUUUUUGCCGCCCUCGACACACACACACGCACAUAACAUGUGCUUGAGCGUCACCUGUUGCUGAAGUACGUGUGUGUUCGCGCUGGACGAUCUACUGCUAGGAAGCUGGCUGCUGCCGCUACGCGCGAGCCACAGCCUGCAGAAAAAGCGAUGGCGGUGGCCGACGGCAGGGGGGACAGGAGGUCUUGACUGACAGCAACACUUGUUCGCCCGGGAGCAGGCUGCCGAACCUCGGUGUGGGCAGUGGAGGAGCGCGCGAGGCCCUGAUUGGCUGUCGGGCGUCCGUACGCGCGCGUGCCGGUGGCAGGCCGGAGCAGGUGUUCGCAGCCAUCACGCGCACACACCCCAGUACUCGUGUCCUGCGUCGGCACUGUUUUCUACCUGACUGUACGGUGCUGCUGCUGCUGCUGCUGUUUUUCCCUUGUCCUCUUCCCCCGCCCCUUCCUCCGCGACAGUUGGAGAGCGCACCCACACGCGGAGAAACUGUGUCGCAUUUAUCACCCGCAGAGCUGCUGGUUGAACCUAGACGUGCCUACGGGUGUGCAUGCAGACGCUGUCCGACGCAGUAUGUCGGCCAAGUGCACCUCUGGGUGGUGGGCGAGGGAGUGCGCGGAGGUGGACGACAGCCAGUGUAAAUUCCACACGGGCGCAAUUAUGUACGAGAUAGAAUCCGCAGUCCUGGACAUCAGAGCCCACUUUUAUUUAGGGGAUCGUUAGCCGAGGAAGCGGAUACAGUGUAGACUACGAAGGAACACGCACGCGCUUAGUCUCCCAGGCCAGCGCAAAUGUCUUAUUUAAGUGUUUGCUGGAUUGAAAAUUUUAUGCCGUUGUAUUUGUGGGAGAUCUGACCACUGAGGCAGAAAAUUGUGCAAUAUUGCUCUCAAAAAAGGCAUAUUCUUCUCUCAGGGAGUAAGGUAGUUUACUGAAGCCUGGUAGUCACCAUUUUAUGAAGUGAAACUGACCACAGCACAGCGGACAGGUUGCGCAAUUCAUUCAGGAUUGCGAGUAGGGCUCGUGAGGGGUAAAUGACGGUUUUAACGCUAACCGCACUACUGCAUGCACGGCUGCAAAAACGCAGAGCCUCCGCGACCAGUUUGUGCAAAAUGGCUAUCCGAAGGCAUUCAUAAGUCGCUGCCUACGCGGUCGCCCCCAGAGGACCCAAACAUAAACACCAACAGCGAUAUGGAAUUCUCAGCCGUACAUGAAGGACGUUUCAGAAGCAGCUGGACACAUUGCUGAGGAGCUAGGUGUUGGAAUUGCAUACUGUCCCAAAUCUACCAUGCGCAGUAGGAUCAUGAAAAUUGAAGGCCGAUUAAAGUCUGAGGAGCAAUCGGGAGUAGUGUAUGGCCACAUGUGCCAGAACGUUCCUUGUAACUACACAGGCCAGACUGGACGCAAACUCGGAUGACGCAUACCCGGACAAAAGCUGGCUGUGCUACGAGGCGGCGCAUUAUCACAAGUGGCAUGAGUUUAACUUUGCAGCGGCCAGCAUAGUCGCCCACGCACUAAACGAAACAAGCCGAGAAGCCUGGGCCUCGGAUGAGAACUCGGUCGAUCGAUUUAUCGAUCUGGCGCAGUCACCUCCAGUCUUGCGCCGUCGGUCGAUGAUUGGCUUGCACACUCUACAACUGUCCCUUGUUCUGUUGCUGCUACUACCACCGACGAUGGACCCCUGCACGAGUUCGAAAGCUCAUAACAAUAAACCAAGUUUUCCGGUGCUCGGCCAUCUUUUUUCUUCAUUUAAUUUUCUGCGUUAAAGUGGAGUAAGAGCAACCUCCUCUGCCCUCCGAAAUCAACCUCCAGACCACCCUGUGGCCCUUGAACGCGACAACCCAUUAUGACAGUUCGACCAUCAACUCCGACUGUGUCCACCGUGCACCCCACAGCAGGAGGAGGGUGGGGGGCGCAGAGACGGUGAUUUGCGCGUGGAUUAGUUUGUAGUGAUAACAGACUUUCGCUGCAUCCGCCGCACUCCCUUCACCAAAUCCACCUGGGGUCAGUGUCAAAAUAGAGUCAAUAAGACCGGAGGUGAGAUCGGGUGCAGGCGUCUAGAUCGGCGCAGACCUGCACCUAGGCGUGCCAGUACACUUCCACUUGUCACGGGUGUGCAUCACCAAUAACGCCUGCCGUGCCCUGACCUGGCGUGGUCCGUUUUAGGAGGCGUCGACCACUCCAGCGUUCAACGAAUCGGCAUAGUAAAAACUAACAAAUCCCUAAUUGAAACAGGCAUGCACGGCAGAAAUUAUUGAGGCCAAAUUAAUUUCGUGACGGCUUAUCGAGUGCAGCCCGUCUCUGCAUAACAUAGGUAACGAGUGCAAGUGCACAGCAGUACGAAUUUGUACAGAAUGUCAGUGCAUAAGAGCAAGGUCAAUGUUCAAGGCAGUGAAUAAUCAGAUGAAAGACCUUUCCAUAAGCAUCAUAUAGGAAAGAGGGAGACGGAAUGUUAUGCAGAGACGGGCUGCACUUGAUAAGCCGUCACGAAAUUUAUUGGCCCCAAUAAAUUCUGCUGUAUAUACUUAAUGAUCAUCGACCAAAGGUCUGCAAUUUGAAUCCAAGACCCUGAAACCCCGGGUUCGGUUAUGUGUGAUUGAGGAUAGCAAAUAAACCACAAAUUGCUAUUCAAGUCCAUGCUGUCCGAGAUCUCGCAGCCACGUUCAUUCCUAAAGCUGUCAUUUCUCCCUCUUGUUACCUGAUCUCGUGGCCACGAAGUGAAAUUUAUGGCCGACUUCACCAGGUGGACGGCGAUAUCGAAAAAAAGGAUGGUCGUUUGGUACGGCCAGUUUAUGCACAUCUAUUCAGUAGUUAUAAUUCCUUUGGGUAUGACCUGCAUGAUUGUAAAGAGCUUCUGCAUUAAAUUUAAUGGCUGACGCCUGGUUUGCCCACCUGAUUCCAAGUAUUUCAUCUAUCUGCACCAUCCAUUCUCGCAGCAUCAGCAUCAGCAUCAGCAGCAGCAGCAGCAGCAGCAGCAGCAGCAGCAGCAGCAGCAGCAGCAGCAGCAGCAGCAGCAGCAGCAGCAGCAGCAGCAGCAGCAGCAGCAGCAGCAGCAGCAGCAGCAGCAGCAGCAGCAGCAGCAGCAGCAGCAGCAGCAGCAGCAGCAGCAGCAGUUUUAG